UGGAAACUGUGAUUAUAUAUGUUUUCAGGAUUCUUGGAUGAAUAAAAAGUUCAAAAGAGCAGCAUUUAUUUAAAAUAAAUCUUUUGUAACACUAUGAACGUCUUUCCUGUCACUUUGAUUAAUUUAACGUGUUCUUGAUGAAAACAAUUUUUAAAAAAUUCUUAAUUUUUAAAUGUAAUUUAAAAAUAUUUUAAAUAUUUCUUUUUAAACAUUUCUUUUUCAAAUUUCUAAAACAUUCUCUUUAUUUAUUUUUAAAUUUAAAAAAGAAAAGAAGAAAAAAACAACUUCAAAGUACUGAUCUUGCAAAAAAUGAUUUGCAUGUGUGUGAGCAUGUUUGGUUCUGUGUGUGAAGUCAGCUUCCUAUUUAAACCACCACUACUUUAAGUAAGUUCCUGUAGAGUUCCUGUGCUUAUUCUCAUCAUGGCUGAUGGUGAGAAGGUGAUCUAUACUUCCCUGGAGGUGCUCAUCGCUGUAGGAUGCUGCCUGGGGAACAUGCUGGUCAUCUGGGCAGUGUGGUCAUGCCGUGCCUUAAGCCAGACUACAUUCUGUUUCGUUGUGUCUCUGGCGGUGGCUGAUCUUCUGGUGGGAGCAGUGGCCGUGCCUUUCGCUGUGGUGGUUGAUGGACGUUUGAAGACUAGUUUCCACAGCUGCCUCUUCAUCAGCUGUGUGGUCAUUGUGUUGACCCAGGCCUCUGUUCACUCCCUGCUGGCCAUCGCUGUGGACCGAUACCUGCGUGUUUAUAACCCUCUCAGGUACAGGGGAGCAGUCAGAAAGAAGCACUUAUGGGCCGCGGCCACUGUAUGUUGGCUCUCUGCUUUUAUACUAGGUUUCAUUCCCAUGCUUGGAUGGCACAAAAAAGACACCACAACCACUGAAAACUCCACGAUUACAUGUCAUUUCAUAACGGUCAUACACAUGUCCUACAUGGUCAACUUCAACUUCCUCGCUUGCAUCCUUACACCCACUAUCAUCAUGAUGGUGCUGUACUUGUUACUCUUCAAUAUGAUAUCCAAACAGCUCAGAAAAAGAAUUGGGAGUCGCACCGUGGAGUCCUUUUACCAUAAGGAGCGGAGACUGGCCAAUUCUCUGGCUUUGGUUCUGGUUCUAUUUGCUGUUUCUUGGCUUCCGCUGCACAUAAUGAACACGGUGAAUUACUACAAGAUUGUCGAAGUUCCCUCUGUCGCCUUUCACAUUGGCAUCCUCCUCUCUCACGCUAACUCCGCCAUUAACCCCAUAGUGUACGCUUUCAAAGUCCCUAAGAUUAAGAUGGCAUUUAAAAGCAUCCUCAUGAAGGAGACAAGCUCGGAACAGAAAGGAAAUCAGAGCAGCCAGACUUUGGAUAACAACGAGAGCAACUCGAACAGCACCGCCAGAUGCAGCAUGAAAAUAAAACCACAAGUCGUUUUGAUUUCAAAUCAGGACGGUUAGCAUUAGUCUGUAAUCGGGAGACCAGGCUAGAAGUCAAAAGUAAAAAAAAAUAUCCAGCAAUGGUUUUGUAUGUUGGUUUCAAAUGCCUAGUUCCUAAAUUAGAAUAUUUUUCUGACUUUUAACAUUCAAACUACACUGUAAUUCUACUGUCAUCGUAUUUUUGUACUAAAUAAAUUAGCACAAUAAAACUGCACUGAAAUACCUAAAAACAAGGACCAGCUGUAUAAUGAAGAGGCUGAAUUGUUUUUUCAUAAAUAUAUUUAUUAUAUAUUAUGCUAUAUAUGUAUGCAAUUUAUUACUAACAAUAUCUGUAGGAUAUUUUUAUACAUGUAUUUGUUUUGUUUAAGUUUUUAUGUGAGAACUUGCCCCACUAUGGUCAACAUGUGUUUCAAUGAACUGUCUG